AUGACUGGUAGUGCAGGGUUAUCAGUUACAUGGUGCGUAAGCUCAUUGACAGUACUAUGGGAGUCGAUUGUCAGCCAUGAUUUUGACGUAGAACCCAUGCCAACCGUCCACAGUUUAGUCACGGUCAUGCGAUUUUUGGUCAAAGUGCCAGUCUUAUCACUACAGAUAACAUUAACCGAUCCGAGAGUUUCAACGCUUGGCAGACGACGCAUAAUAGCUUUUUCCUCCGCCAUACGAAGUACGCCGAGUGCCAAUGUCACAGUGACAAUAAUUGGCAAUCCUUCAGGAAUAGCCGCAACUGCUAAUGAUACUCCGAUUUGGAACAUGUCCAACCAUGAGCGGCCUUGGAUAACACCAAUCAAACAAAUCAUACCGAUGACACCAAAACUCAUUAAAGAGAGUUCCUUGCCAAGUUUGUCCAUGGAAAUUUGUAAUGGAGUCUUGGGCUUGUCGAUUUCAGCCAUCAUUUCAAACACGCUGCCAAACUCGGUGUUAUGA